AUGAACAUCCACAGUCAUCAAGUAGUUGUGAGUCCAGCCAUGAUCCAGCAAAUGCAGGAUCAGUCAUCUUCAGUGGAAGGAAUCUGUGUAAACCGCAAAGCACAUGUAAGAACACUACCAGGAAGCCAUGUGAAUAUCCAACAGGACCAUCUUGGUCGAGUGGAACUCUUUCGGUUGGAACUGGAGCAAGGACGAUUUCAUGGCACUCGAGAUUUUUUUGCUCAUUUGCGGUUUGACAAUGAAAUCCGAAGUGUCUGUAUGGACCGAUUGGCAAGAGGAUACCGCAAAGGUGCAGCAAAUGCAGCAAAUGAUUCUGUGACACUCAAGACCCUGCAAGCGUGGACUCUGGCUGAACCGGACAAUAAGGAUGCUCACUUGCUCUAUGGACUGUUGCUCAUCACCAGUGCUUGGGGUGCUCUGCGUCAGUCCACACAAGGCACUGAGGAAGAACGGUUUGCCCAGUUUGACAAACUUGCCAACAAAGCAGAAAAUGCACUCGAUAAGGCCAUUGAGAUUGAUCCCACGGAUCCCCUGCCUUAUGCCAACAAGAUUACCGCAUCCAGAGAACUCCAAAUGAUCAAGACCACUUUCCAACAGUUUCAACAGAACUGCCGGGACAAGCACAACCAAAUGGUCCAUGAAGCCAUGCUGUAUCGACUCACUCCCCACUGGGGUGGAUCCAACCAAGAAAUGCUCAAGUUUGCCAGGAAUGCUACCAUCAAGGCACAGUCCCCUCCACCAGCAGGUCAUCCUCUGUGGUCACUCCUGGCCAAGGCUCACAUGUUGGCAUGGCAAGAGCACAAAACUGCCACCAUGGCAGAUGAUUCUUCCCGUUCCAGUAAUGCGGCCACUUCCUACUGGAAAGACCGCACUGUUGGAAAGGAAAUUGUCAAGGCAUACCGAAAGUUUCGUGCCAAGACUUUGAGGAAUGCUCCUGCCAUGAUGGACGACACGGCAUGCAGCAAUCUCUUUGCCUUUUGCCUCUACAAAUGCAAGGCAUACAAGGAUGCAUUGCCCGAAUUCCAAAAGAUUGGACCCAUGGCCACCGUAGAAGAGCCCUGGAGGAAAGAAAGCCAUAGUCAUUGGAAAAAGGUCUAUGAGCGGGCUCGUGGAAAGGUCAUGGCCAGGGCCGUCAAGGAUGGUAGGAUCAAGGCAGAAGCCGCAGGGGUACCGGUAGAAGCAAACAAUAUGAACCCAUCCAGCGAAUUGUUCCUCUACGAUUUGAGCAGUAGCAGCCACCACCAGCAACACCAUUGCUAA